UAGGCAUGGAACUUCACCUGUUGAACGAAAAUUUUGAGAUGUCUAUGGCAUUGCAAAUUUAGAAGAACGAGAUAAUGAAAUUGCAAUCGAACUUAGACGGCAUUCGCUUCACGUCAUCAAAAUACAAUCGACAUAUCCGCUUCUUCGAGCACCUCUUGAGGUCCGACCAAACCUUCAAUCUUCAAAUUAUCCUUGGUGACCGCUUUGAUACCCACUUCACACCAAAUCUUCUCCUUGCUGAGUUCCCACGCCUGCAUCUGCACAGCAACUUCUGUCCCCCACAUCGGCCAAAGCUUCUUAUAAUCCGCCCAGUACUUUGCAAAUACUCAGUCGGCUUCCCCGAAACAUCACCCAACAACUUGACCAAAUUGCCCGUCGAGAUCGCAUCCGACUCCGCAAGCACAUAUCUGGCCGGCAAGCGCAACUCCGGCUUCGUCAAAAUCCCUUUAACAAACAAGCCAACAUUUACAUGCGGACUCCCAAUCGUCCUCACUGCGUAUCUUCCGCAACCGGCCACAUCACAACAUGUUUUCCGCUGCUCUUGACGAAGUUCGGCCCAGGCAUGGGGAACUACAAAUUAUUCAACCCAUAGUACGUGAGCCAGAGGAAGGUGGUCUUCUUAGCAAUUUCUGGUGGGAAUGGAUGAUGUCCUUGUCGACUUUGGCCUUGCCCUCGAAAUGCGGAACGGCGAUCUUGCCGUUGGUGAUGGAGAGCCCGGAAGGGAUUGCGCCAUAUAUAUAGUGUUGAAGAGGGGGUGUGGCGGCCGCAGCGUCGGCGAGGUUCUUACCCUUGUGUAAAAUCGUUGGUUUGUCCUUUUUACCUGCCGAAAGUAGAAAAGGUCUCCCAGAAAUUGGUUACUGCGAAGAUAAUGUUCGCUCCCUGAAAAACAGCAAUGAGAGAGGGCUUGUCAUUGGGGCCGACUUCGAUGACUUGAAU